AUGGACGAGGACGAAUGGUCGUCGGCCUCAGGUGACGUUGAGGACCCCAGGUGCGAUUCCCCCUUCCCCUCGAGACUGAUUUGACUCGACCGUCGAGUUCCGCAUCCGCCUUAGUGACGCACCACUCUUGCCCUCCGGCAGACCCUGUUGGUCGAGUGAAAGACGUCGCCUCUUCUUCUUUUGAAGUUCAGACCUCAUCCAAGUAGUUCGCAUCCAACCGUGCCGGCAAAUGAUGCAGAUCAACAUCGUCUCGACGAUAGCCUGGCUGACAUCGCGAUUGACGCGGUGGAAGAUGUCUUGUACUACGCUGAUGCCGCGUCGCGCUUGUGUCAUUAUCCGGGGCCGGAAAGUGGUGUCGUCUCGCAAGGCGGAAAGGACUGCUUCGGUGAGCUCUUUCCAGAUUCUUGUGCCGUCGGGUGUGUCUCUCUUGGCGUCCGCUGUGCCCCUGAUCGACAUCGACAACCCGACCAACCUGUCGAGCCCGCCAUUGUACGCGCCCGCAACGUCAUCGCGUGGACGCUACCUUCUGGAAGGGUUUUGCGAUGUUUGAUCGACUCGGGAUCAGAGGUCGACUGA